CACUUCAUACAAACUCUUUUGGUCCAUUCUUAUCUUACCAUUGUAGAGAAGCGGAAAACUCCAUCUACUUGAAAAGAUGGUUCAGAGACUUACAUAUCGAAAGCGGCACAGCUAUGCCACCAAAUCCAAUCAACAUAGGGUUGUCAAAACUCCUGGUGGAAAGCUAAUUUACCAGAGCACAAAGAAGAGAGCUAGCGGCCCAAAAUGUCCAGUUACUGGGAAGAGAAUCCAAGGGAUUCCACACCUGAGACCUACUGAAUACAAGAGAUCCAGAUUGUCCAGGAACCGCAGGACUGUGAAUCGUGCUUAUGGAGGUGUGCUGUCUGGAAGUGCUGUAAGGGAGAGAAUCAUUCGCGCUUUCUUGGUUGAAGAACAAAAAAUUGUGAAAAAGGUGUUGAAGAUUCAGAAGGCAAAGGAAAAGCUUGCCUCAAAGAGCUGAAGAUAAAGACACUGAAAUCUCUUGCAAUUCUAUUAUGUUUUCAGUUAACUUAGGCUGUGAUGACGAUUAAGAUGUGUGAAAGAACAUGUUGAAAUGCUAGUACUCGAUAUCUAGUAGAAUCUGAGGCUCUAGUAUAUGGUUUUGUAGACUCAGUUGUUGAAACUAUUGCCACCUGACUGGAGAGGUUGUUUCCUCUUUCCAAUUCAGUGAUACUUUAAUGCAUGGUAACUUUUGAAUUUA